GAUAAUGUCACCAUGGCUUCUUCAUCAUCAUCACCAUUCUCAGUUAAUUUCAUAUUUCCACCCACUCGAACAUGCUCUUCAAACUUCAGAUUGUUUUGUAGCAAUCAAAUAAUUCAACUUGAAACCCAACAACAGAUUAUCCCCAAAAAGAAGAACCAAAGAAAACCCAGACCUAGUUUCUCCGAACAAGUUCUUGAAAAAUGGUCUCGCAAACCCACUUCAUUGGGAGACAAAUUCCCAUGGCAGAAACAAGAAAUGCAACAACAAGAAGCCAAAUUUGCAAUCAAAGAAGAAGAAGAAGAAGAAAGGGUUUUAGAUGAGUCAAGAAUCGGUAGCAACUCGCUUGUGGGUGACUCAGUGAGUUUUGAUUCUAUAAAAAGUGUAAAUACUGCUCCUUGGGUAAAGAAAACUAAACCCCAGAAAGAAAGUUUCGAUUUUGAAGAUGGGAAUUCACAAAAAGAUAGUGAGAAUGGUAAAAUUGAUGGUGGGUAUGUUGGUAACUCGUUUGUGGGUGACUCAGUGAGUUUUGAUUCUAUAAAAAGUGUAAAUCUUGCUCCUUGGGUAAAGAAAACUAAACCCCAGAAAGAAAGUUUCGAUUUUGAAGAUGGGAAUUCACAAAAAGAUAGUGAGAAUGGUAAAAUUGAUGGUGGGUAUGUUAGUAACUCGUUUGUGGGUGACUCAGUGAGUCUUGAUUCUAUAAAAAGUGUAAAUCUUGCUCCUUGGGUAAAGAAAACUAAACCCCAGAAAGAAAGUUUCGAUUUUGAAGAUGGGAAUUCACAAAAAGAUAGUGAGAAUGGUAAAAUUGAUGGUGGGUAUGUUAGUAACUCGUUUGUGGGUGACUCAGUGAGUUUUGAGUCCAAAAAAAGUGUAAAGCUUGCUCCUUGGGUUCAGAAAAGUAAACCCCAGAAACAAAGUUUUGAUUUUGAAGAUGGGAAUUUAGAAAAAGAUAGUGAGAAGGAUGAAAUUGAUGAUGAACAUGUUUCAAAUAAUGGUCAAGAAAGUCAAAGGAGUGAGAGGGUGCCAUGGGAAAGAGAGAAAGAUUUGUUUCAGAGUAAUAGCAAUACACCACUGGCAGAGAAACUGAUACCGGAAUUCGAGUUGAAGAGAUUGAGGAACAAAGCUGGGAGGAUGGUGGAAAGGUUUAGAGUUGGUGCAGCUGGAGUUACACAGGAAUUAGUGGAGUCAAUACAUGAUAAAUGGAAAACUGUUGAGGUUGUGAAGUUGAAAUUCAAAGGGCCUUCUACCAUGAAUAUGAAAAGAAUUCAUGAAAGUUUAGAGAGUAGAACGGGUGGCUUAGUGAUAUGGAGAUCAGGCAGUUCGGUUGUAUUAUUCAGAGGAAUGGCUUAUAACCUUCCCUGUGUACAAUCGUUUACAGAACAUAAAUCAAAGCAUACAGAAAACGAAUCAUCAAUAAAUUAUGCGGGUCGAUAUGUUAAGGAUCUUUCUGAAGAAGAAUUAUUAGAUUUAGAAGAGCUCAAUCUCGUUUUAGAUGGAUUGGGCCCGCGGUUCAAGGAUUGGUCAGGACGCGAGCCACUACCUAUAGAUGCAGAUUUGCUUCCUUCUUUGGUUGAAGGGUAUAAACGUCCUUUUAGACUUCUCCCGUACGGGACAAGACCUGGCUUACGAGAUAAAGAGAUGACCUUUAUUCGUAGGACGGCAAGAACAAUGCCUCCGCAUUUUGCACUUGGAAGAAAUAGAGAUUUGCAAGGCCUUGCGGUUGCAAUGGCAAAGCUAUGGGAAAGAAGUGCUAUUGCAAAGAUAGCGAUCAAGCGUGGUGUGCACAACACUCGUAAUGAAAGAAUGGCGGAAGAGCUCAAGAGACUGACAGGAGGAACUAUAGUCUCUAGAAACAAGGACUAUAUCGUCUUUUACAGGGGUAACGACUUUUUACCGCCUAAUGUGACAAAAACAUUGACGAAAGCGCAAGAACUAAGCAUUAAUCGCCAAGAAGAUGAAGACAAAGCACGAGAAAGGGCUUCAACUUUCAUUGAUUUGACUACUAAAAACGCUGUUAAAGGCCCGUUAGUCGCCGGGACCCUAGCGGAAACCAUGGCGGCUACCUCAAGAUGGGGAAGCGAGCCUGACAGCGAGGAGGUUGAGAGAAUGAGGAGGGAAUCAGCCGUUGCCCGACACACUUCUCUUGUCAAACUUCUUGAAAACAAGCUAGCCCUUGCCAAAGGAAAGAUAAAAAAGGCAGAAAGGGUGUUAGCAAAAGUUCAAGAAUAUUUACGACCAGCACAACUUCCUACCGAUCUGGAGACGCUAACCGAUGAGGAGAGGUUUUCGCUUCGUAAGAUAGGUUUAAGUAUGAAACCAUACUUGGAGUUAGGGAGGCGAGGUGUUUUUGACGGUACGGUUGAAAAUAUGCACCUACAUUGGAAGUAUAGGGAGCUAGUCAAGAUAAUGGUGGAGCGAAAAAGCUUUGCACAAGUGAAACAUGUGGCUAUUUCUCUUGAGGCGGAAAGCGGUGGAGUUUUGGUGUCGGUAGACAAAACCACCAAAGGCUAUGCCAUCAUAGUUUAUCGUGGAAAGAAUUACGAGCGACCGAAAGAAAUAAGGCCGAAAAAUCUUUUGACUAGAAGAAAAGCUUUAGCGCGUGCAAUUGAAUUGCAAAGACGCGAGGCUUUAAAGUAUCAUAUCCUGGAGUUAUCGAAAAGGAUUGAGAAGCUGAAAUCGGAACUUGAGGACAUGAAAAUGAUUGAUGAAGUUGAUGAGGAGACGUUGAGAUCAAGAAUAGAAGAUGAUUUAGGUUCCGAGUCUGAAUCUGAUUCGGAUGAUCGUCAUGAAACGGCAGAGGAUGAAGAAGCCUACCUUGAAACUUACCAACAUGGUGAGUAAAGCUGACGAGUUUCGACGCAAACCAUUAUAUUUAAAAGCUUCUGUACCAUGUAAGCGAAACUCGAGUAAUAUGAUCCAUAACACAUGUACAUCCCUUUUUGUGUGCUGAUACACAUUCAGGUUGGUAAACCUUAGACGACCAUUAUAUUGUACUUGGAACACUUGUUACCUGAAUAAAAGAAAUUGGUAGUGUUCGUUUCAUAUUC